UUUGUGAAUAUGCCUGUUAACAAAUCACCUAUGAUUAAUACAUGUGGAGGCAUAUCUUCCCCUUAUCAUGAAGAGCUCUGGAAAUUAAAUUUUCAACAUUUAAGUGGAGAAAGGGGUCAUAAAUCAAGGCCAACAUUUUCAAUCACAAAAGAAUUCAUCUUGAGAUUCAAUCAAACACAAAAUUCCAAAGAGAAGGAAGAAUUGUUGGAACUAGCUAGAAAAAUCAUUCUCAGAUGUAAGAGAAAAUUGGGUCUCAAAACCCUGGGCUCUGGAAAGCAUGUGCAUCUUCCUGCUGCAUGGACUGAAGUAAUAUAUCUGGCUCAAUGCAAAGGGGAAAUCCAAGAUGAAGCUUUAAAUAUGCUUUAUGCAUCUCUGGACCAUGCUUCCUUUGAUUAUGAUCAUCUGCCUGCCUUAUUUUUUGUUGCGGAAUCGGUUUUAUACAGACUCUGUUGUGAUGCAUCCCUCAAAACAUAUUUAUAUUCAGUUGAAAUAAAGCUAGCAAAGAUUGGCUAUUUGGUCUUCUUACGACUUUUUAUAUUUUUCCUGCAUGGUCAUCUAGAAAGUUUUAAACAACAUUUACUUAGGCUUCAACCAUAUUUAUACGCACUUUCUUUCUCUGGAGCAUCAUAUCACAAGUAUCCAAACAUCUUUUCAAAUGUGCAAUUCAUCCUGAAAGCCUCGGAAAUUAUAGGUAAAAGAGAACUCCGUUCCGAAUCCAUUUUUAGCCCUGUGGAAAAUAAGAAAAGAUAUGAGAACACAGAUUCUGAUAUGGGAGGAUAUGAAAUUAACCACCUGCUCUGGCACUGUGUUGCUGCUUGGUCUUGUGUUCAGAAUAACAGUCCUCAGUUGAAUAACGUGCUUGAACAUCUUGUCUUCCAUAAGACACAACUUCAAAAGAAAUGCUGGUUGGAUUCAGUACUGGCUUUAAUGGUCCUUGGGGAGGCCGCCAAAUUAAACAUGGCCUGCUUGAAAGCUUUAAUGGAUGUAGUGAGAGAUUUUGUUUCAAGCAUUAUGUCUGUUCAAAAUCAGGAAGAAAGUUGCAAGGUAGAUGAUUUUUCCUGGGCCUGGAAUGUAGUCUACAUAUAUACAGUAAUUCUUGCAGAAAUCUGCUUGUAUGCAGCCACUUCUGAUUUGCGAAAAACUGCUUUAAUUGGUUUCUGUCACUGUAAAAGUUCACAAAAAAAUGUUUUACACUUGGACAAAUCAGUACCUCCAGAAUUAAAGGAAACAAGUAUUUUAAGUCUUUUGGAAUAUUUCUCUUCAAAAAUGUCAGAGAAUUGUGAUCAAGUAAUCUGGACUGGUUACUAUGGCUUAGUGUAUAACCUGGUGAAAAUUUCAUGGGAACUUCAAGGAGAUGAAGAACAGGAUGGACUGAGAAACAUGAUAUGGCAAACACUGCAGAAGACAAAGGAUUACGAGGAAGAUGUACGAAUCCAAAAUGCAAUCAAUAUAGCUCAGGCUGAGUUAAAUGACCCAACGGAUCCUUUUACUAGGUAUAGUACAAAUAUUUCAUCCAAUGUAGGAGAAGAAGUUUUCUCCAAAUAUAUUGGGUGGAGAAUUGCCAACACUCUUUCCAAACUAUUCUUCCCCCCCGUUGAGGCCCGUGUUCUUCCUUUGAAGAAACCAUCAAUAAAACAGGAUCAAACAAAAUACCCAAAUAAAAAGCUGGAGGCUGUGAAAAAGCAAGUUCUACAUUUCACUGUAAGGGAACAUCCUUCUGUAUCAGAAAUUCCCUUGUUUCCAUAUCCAGAUUUCUUCACCAAGGCAGAUAAAGAGUUGGCAAAAAUCAUUGACCAUCACUGGCAGGAAGAGCUAAAGAUCCGAGAAAAAGAAGAUGCAAUACGCAAGGCCCAAGAACUUAAAGAUAAAAAGUUAGCAGAGAAAAAUCACUUUCAAGAAGUUAUGAAGAAAAGAGAAGAGAAACUACAUAAGCAAACCAAGCCCUAUGAGCUUCCUUAUAGGAAGGAAGUAAUUUAAUUAGAAAAG